UACACCCGGACCCGGCAGCACGUUCUGUUGUUUCCGCCAGUACUCGGGAAAUCGGAAUCCGGCGCAAAGCAGCUUCUUCAGGUGAGGCGUCUAUGGAGCAACUCCUGGCCCAGCUGUGCGGUACCAGCACAGCGCGGCCGCUCCCGCUGUGGGAGGGGGACACCACGGGCCACUGCUUCACUCAGCUGGUGCUCGGCGCCCUGCCCCACGCGCUGCUCGCCGUGCUCAGUGCCUGCCACUUGGGCACCCCGAGGACUCCAGAUUACGUCCUCCCCUGCAGUUCUGGCUGGCGCCUCCGACUUGGAGCUUCCUUCCUGCUCUCCAUCUUCCCGCUGCUAGACCUCCUUCCAGUUACUUUGCCACCAGGGGCAGGUCCAGGGCCCAUAGGGCUAGAGGUGCUGGCAGGAUGUGUGGCAGCUGUGGCCUGGAUCAGCCAUAGCCUGUCCCUGUGGGCCUUGGCUCAUUCCCCUCAUGGUCGUUCCCGGGGGCCCUUGGCCUUGGCUCUAGCAGCCUUCCUUCCAGCCCCAGCCCUAGUGCUUACCCUGCUAUGGCAUUUCCAGCGAGGUACACUUCUGCCCCCACUUCUCCCAGGACCCCUGGCCCGCCUAUGCCUUCUCAUCCUGCAGCUAGCUGCACUCUUGGCCUAUGGACUGGGCUGGGCAGCCCCUGGGGGGCCACAAGAACACUGGGCUCAGGAGCCUCUCCUGUCUGAGGAUCAGGAACCCGAGGUGGCUGAAGAUGGGGAGAGUUGGCUGUCACGCUUUUCCUAUGCCUGGCUGGCACCCUUGCUGGCCCGCGGGGCCCGUGGAGAGCUCCGGCAGCCCCAGGACACUUGCCACCUCCCCCACAGGCUGCAUACAAACUACCUGGCCCAUGCCUUCCAGGCACAUUGGCAGGAGGGGGCCCAGCUGUGGAGGGCCCUGUAUGGAGCCUUUGGGCGGUGCUACCUGGCACUCGGAUUGCUGAAGCUGGUGGGGACCAUGCUAGGAUUCUCAGGGCCCCUGCUGCUUUCCCUGCUGGUGGGCUUCCUGGAGGAGGGGCAGGAGCCACUAACCCAUGGCCUGCUGUAUGCUCUGGGGCUAGCUGGUGGGGCUGUGCUAGGCGCUGUGCUACAGAAUCAGUAUGGGUAUGAGGUAUGUAAGGUGAAACUUCAGGCACGAGGGGCUGUGCUGAACAUCCUGUACCACAAGUCUUUACAGCUGGGGCCCAGCCGCCCUCCUGCCGGAGAGGCCCUGAACCUACUAGGCACUGACUCAGAGCGGCUGCUUAACUUUGCUGGGAGUUUCCAUGAAGCCUGGGGCCUGCCCCUGCAGCUGGCCAUCACCCUCUACCUGCUGUACCACCAGGUGGGCGUGGCCUUCGUGGGUGGUCUGAUCUUGGCACUGCUGCUGGUGCCUGUCAACAAAAUGAUUGCCACCCGCAUCAUGUCCAGCAACCAGGAGAUGCUACAGCACAAGGAUGCACGGGUUAAGCUCAUGACAGAGCUGCUCAGUGGCAUUCGGGUCAUCAAGUUCUGUGGGUGGGAGCAGGCACUGGGUGCCCGAGUAGAGGCCUGUCGGGCUCGAGAGCUGGGGCGACUCCGAGUCAUCAAAUACCUGGACGCGGCCUGUGUGUACCUGUGGGCUGCCCUGCCAGUUGUCAUCUCCAUCGUCAUCUUUAUCACCUAUGUUCUCAUGGGGCACCAGCUCACUGCCACAAAGGUGUUCACGGCCCUGGCACUGGUACGCAUGCUCAUUUUUCCCCUCAACAACUUCCCUUGGGUGAUCAGUGGCCUCCUGGAAGCCAAAGUGUCCUUGGACCGGAUCCAGCAUUUCCUCAAUCUUCCAAACCACAACCCUCAGGCCUACUACAGCCCAGAUCCCCCCACAGAGCCAUCUACAGUAUUAGAGCUGGAUGGAGCCCUUUUCUCCUGGGAUCCCAUUGGAACUAGCCAGCAGACCUUCAUCAGUCACCUCAAAGUAAAAAAGGAUAUGCUGGUGGGCAUUGUGGGGAAGGUGGGCUGUGGGAAGAGCUCACUGCUGGCCGCCAUUGCUGGGGAGCUGCACAGGCUCCGUGGGCAGGUGGCAGUGUGGGGGCUGUCCAAGGGCUUUGGCCUGGCCACCCAGGAACCCUGGAUUCAGUUUGCCACCAUCCAAGACAACAUCCUCUUUGGGAAGACAUUUGAUGCCCAGCUGUACGGGAAAGUGCUAGAGGCCUGUGCCCUCAAUGACGACCUCAGCAUCCUGCCUGCUGGAGACCAGACAGAGGUGGGGGAGAAGGGUGUGACCCUCAGUGGGGGACAGCGGGCCCGGAUUGCCCUUGCUCGUGCUGUCUACCAGGAAAAGGAGCUCUAUCUCCUUGAUGACCCCCUGGCUGCUGUGGAUGCAGAUGUGGCCAACCACCUGCUGCACAGGUGCAUCCUGGGCUUACUGAGCAACACCACUCGGCUGCUCUGCACCCACCGCACUGAGUUCCUGGAGAGGGCUGAUGUGGUACUGCUGAUGGAGGCUGGGCGCCUCAUCCAGGCUGGGCCUCCCUCUGAGAUUCUGCCAUUGGUACAACCUGUCCCCAAAGCCUCGACUGAGGAUGGACAAGAGUCUGAUUCAGACACAGCCCCAUCAGUGCAGAACCCAGAGAAAACAAAGGUGGGGCUGGAGGUGGAGCAGAGCUCAUCUGGCCGCCUGCUGCAGGAAGAAAGCAAGAAGGAGGGCGCCGUGGCCUUGCAUGUGUACCAAGCAUACUGGAGGGCCAUGGGCUGGGGCCUGGGCCUAGCCAUGCUCUUCUCUCUGCUCCUCAUGCAAGCCACGCGGAAUGCCGCUGACUGGUGGCUCUCCCACUGGAUCUCUCAACUGAAGGCAUCCAAGAAUAGCUCCCAGGAGGUACCAGCCUCCACCAGCCUGGGUUCCACAGGGCUCUUCUCUCCACAGCUGCUCCUCUUCUCCCCCGGAAGCCUCUACAACCCAGUGUUCCUGCUGCCCAAAGCUGUCCACAAUGGCUCCUCCGACAUCCGUUUCUACCUCACCGUGUAUGCGACCAUUGCUGGUGUCAACUCCCUCUGCACCCUUCUCCGGGCAGUGCUCUUUGCAGCAGGCACCCUCCAAGCAGCUACCAUGCUACAUCGCCGCCUGCUGCAUCGAGUCCUUAUGGUGCCAGUAACUUUCUUCGACUCCACACCCACGGGCCGGGUCCUAAACCGCUUCUCCUCUGACGUGGCCUGUGCAGAUGACAGCCUGCCCUUCAUCCUCAAUGUCCUCCUGGCCAACGCAGCAGGCCUGCUGGGCCUCCUGGCUGUGCUAGGCUCUGGCCUGCCCUGGCUGCUGCUGCUGCUGCCACCGUUGAGCAUCAUCUACUAUCGCGUGCAGCACCACUAUAGGGCCUCUGCAAGGGAGCUGCGGCGCCUGGGCAGCCUCACCUUGUCUCCACUCUAUACCCACCUGGCCGAUACCUUGGCUGGCCUCCCUGUGCUCCGGGCCGCUGGGGCCACCUACAGGUUUGAGGAGGAGAACCAGCGACUCCUGGAGCUAAACCAGAGGUGCCAGUUUGCUGCCAGUGCCACGAUGCAGUGGCUGGACAUUCGGCUACAGCUCAUGGGGGCAGCAGUGGUCAGUGCCAUCGCGGGCAUCGCCCUGGUACAGCACCAGCAGGGCCUUGCAAAUCCAGGGUUGGUGGGCCUGUCACUGUCCUAUGCCCUGUCCCUGACGGGCCUGCUCUCAGGCCUGGUGAGCAGCUUCACGCAGACAGAAGCCAUGCUGGUGAGUGUCGAGCGACUAGAGGAAUACUCCUGUGACCUGCCCCAGGAACCCCAGGACCGGCCGCUGCAGACCCACCAGCUGGGCAUCGGCUGGCUGUCCCAGGGGAGCGUGGAGUUCCAGGAUGUGGUGUUGGUGUACCGGCCAGGGCUGCCAAAUGCCCUGGAUGGGGUAACCUUCCGCGUGCAGCCUGGAGAGAAGCUGGGCAUUGUGGGCCGCACGGGCUCCGGCAAGUCUUCCCUGUUGUUGGUGCUCUUCCGGCUGCUGGAGCCCAGCUCGGGGCGAGUGCUGCUGGAUGGCGUGGACACCAGCCAGCUGGAGCUGGCCCAGCUGAGGUCCCAGCUGGCUAUCAUACCCCAGGAGCCCUUUCUGUUCAGUGGGACUGUUCGGGAAAACUUGGACCCCCGGGGCCUACAUAAGGACAGGGCCUUGUGGCAAGCCCUGGAGCAGUGCCACCUGAGCGAGGUGAUUGUAUCCAUGGGUGGUCUGGAUGGUGAGCUAGGCGAGGGGGGCCGGACCUUGUCCCUGGGUCAGAGGCAGCUGCUGUGUCUGGCCAGGGCUCUCCUCACUGAUGCCAAGAUCCUGUGUAUUGAUGAGGCCACAGCAAGCGUGGACCAGAAGACAGACCAGCUGCUCCAGCAGACCAUCAGCAGACGCUUUGCCAACAGGACAGUGCUGACCAUUGCCCACAGGCUCAACACUAUCCUGAACUCAGACCGGGUACUGGUGCUACAAGCGGGCAGGGUCGCCGAGCUGGACUCCCCUGCCACCCUGCGCAACCAGCCCCACUCUCUGUUCCAGCAGCUGUUGCAGAGCAGCCAGCAGGGAGCCCACUUUUCUCCCUGAGGCCUUGAGCUCGAUCUCCACGCAGUGGGUUCUACCCUUCAUCCGAUCUAUCUGAUCCAAGGCUGGGCCAGCACAGAGGUGCUGGCUGCUUGUUUACAUUUUCCUCUGUGACUCUACCUCUUUCUCACUUCCCCAGAGGAGAAAAGCACAUCCCAGGUUCCUCUUUGAAAAUAACUCUUUUGUGGGCAGAGUCCUGAGUCUUCCCCAGAACCAGGCCUUUACUCUGGCCCUCUUGCUGCUGGGACACCAGGCAGGUUUUUCUGGCAUAGGAGCCCACUUGCAUUACCAUAGUUUUAUUUGAUAAAAUCCCAUCUUACAUUCUGUGUAUUAAAAAAAUAAUAUUUCUGA